AUGGAGAAGGACACCAAGCCGGCGCCCGACGCCGCGGCUGCGCACCUCGCCGCGCUCCGCUGCGCCAGGGCCUCGCUCCUCCUCGCCUCCCUCCGCCGGCCCCGCGCGCCGAUGCCGACGCAGGAUCGCCGCCGGACCUCCUCCUCCUCGGCUGACGCAGCGGAGGUCGCGCGGCUCCGGUCCGAGGGGCUCCUCCGCCGCGCCGAGAUCGCGGCGGCGCGGCGCGAGGCCGCGGCCCACGCGCGGGUCGCCGGCUCCGAGCUGCUCCUCGUCCUCGCCGUGGCGCCCGCCGUCCUGCUGCUGCUCCUCCUCCUCGGGCUCCUCUAA